AUGGAAAACAUUUACAUGCAGCCGCAGUUGAUCGACAGAAAGUGCGACGAGGGCUGCACAACUCCCCUCCCAAAUGUCGCCAAGGGUGCACCCUUCGAACACGGAAGUCCAUCAGACGAGGUUCUUCGGGGUCAUCCUCGGGUCGCCAACGCCUUCAGUCAUUGUGGGUCGCGCACAGGCGGUCGCAGUAAACUGCACUUUUGGCUAACAGCAGCAGCUGCUGCUACCACGCAUGUGCCACCAACUGCUACGGGGAAAGAUUUACUGGCAGCGGUUCUGAAGGGCGCACACCGCGAGCCUGUUCUUCCGAUUAAGUUUGCCAACAGGAGGGAAUUGUGCCUCUGA